UUUCUCAACAAGGAGCCAAACUUUUGUUAAUUUAUGUAUUGAGCGCAAGACUCGGUGACGUAUCGUGUUGGCGAACUUAAUGCCAUUUAUCUUUUCCCCGAAGAUUUGCCGGUUGCCGGAAUAGCGUACUGCACACACCGGCGGACUUUAGAUUACGAUCUUACUCUGCCGUUGAACCUUCUUCAUCGAAGCACGCCCGAAAUAGCACAUAGCCAUGAUUAGUACGCAGCGAAGCGGAUCAGGGUCUUCGCAAAGCCCUAGAUCUCCAAGUGCACAACCAUUUUUAUCGGUUUCAGUCACAGAUCCUGUAAAAUUGGGCAAUGGCGUCCAGGCUUACAUCUCCUAUCGCGUCAUCACCAAGACAAAUUUACCUGAGUACCAAGGUCAAGAGAAGAUUGUUAUUCGACGUUACAGUGAUUUUGUUUGGUUACGUGACCGUCUCUUUGAGAAGUACAAAGGCAUUUUUGUUCCCCCUCUUCCAGAGAAGAGUGCUGUAGAGAAGUUUCGUUUCAGUGCUGAAUUUAUUGAGAUGAGGCGUCAAGCAUUGGAUAUAUUUGUUAACAGGAUAGCAUCGCAUCAUGAGCUUCAGCAAAGUGAGGACCUAAGAACCUUUUUGCAGGCAGAUGAAGAGACGAUGGAGAGAGCAAGGUCUCAAGAGACUGGUAUUUUUAAGAAGAAGCCAGCUGAUUUGAUGCAAAUUUUUAAGGAUGUGCAAUCUAGAGUAAGUGAUGUUGUCCUCGGUAAGGAGAAGCCAGUGGAAGAAUCAAAUCCUGAAUAUGAGAAGAUGAAACAUUACAUCUUUGAGCUUGAAAACCACUUGGCUGAAGCUCAGAAGCAUGCAUAUCGCCUGGUAAAGAGACACAGAGAGUUGGGGCAAUCUCUGUCAGAUUUUGGGAAGGCUGUCAAAAUCCUUGGUGCUUGUGAAGGAAAUGGCCUAGGGAAGGCAUUUUCUGAGCUAGGGACUAAGUCGGAGAUGAUAUCAAUUAAGCUGCAAAAGGAGGCCCACCACCUGUUGAUGAAUUUUGAAGAACCUUUGAAGGAUUAUGUUCGAGCUGUGCAGUCCAUUAAGGCCACAAUAGCAGAGAGAGCCAAUGCCUUCAGGCUACAGUGCGAGCUAGCUGAAACAAUCAAGCUGAAGGAGAUAAAUCUUGACAAGCUCAUGCUAACACGAUCUGAUAGGGUGGGAGAAGCAGAAAUUGAAUAUAAGGAGUUGAAAGCCGAGAGUGAGGAAGCAACCAAAAGAUUUGAGACCAUUGUGAGGUUAAUGAAUGAAGAAAUUGUGCGUUUUCAAGAACAGAAAACACUGGAUAUGGGCCUUGCUUUCCAUGAAUUUGCAAAGGGACAGGCUCGUCUGGCAAAUGGCAUUGCAGAUGCCUGGCGAAGUCUUAUUCCCAAACUUGAAUCUUGCUCUCCCGCAUGAGCACAUGAAUCUCAGAAUCAGAGAGAAGACUUGUUUAUCUCUGCGAGUCUUUAAAUGGAGGCGAGGCUCUUGCUUUGUAAAAAACCGCCGAUGCUUGGGAGUGAGUUAUGCAAUUGUGGAUGCGAAAUGAAGUUUAGGGUUUCCCCCACCCUUCUCUUUCCUUUAUAUAACAUGUACAAAACACUAGGCUGAGUGAAAAAGUUGGUUCAAAAUCUUGUGGAAAAUCAUUUACAGGGCAAAACUGGACAUGUGUUCUUAUACUUACUGGUCCAUUUCCACAUAGAAAUCUGUAUUUAAUGGUUGAACAUACCUUUUUAUUUUGCCGACUCUUUUUCAAUGUUGGUUUCCCAUGCAAGUUAAUCUGAAAUUGUUAUGAAUCUUGAAAUUUUGUGA